UCAUCUGGUACUGAUUAUCCUGCUGCUGCUGCUGCUGCUGCUGCUGAACUCAGCACUAUCCCCUACACAAUGCUGCCUGCCGCCCUAACCUCCCUCCUGGGGCCCUUCCUGGUGGCCUGGGUACUCCCUCUUGCCCGAGGCCAGACCCCCAACUAUACCAGACCCGUGUUCCUGUGUGGAGGGGACGUGACGGGAGAGUCGGGUUACGUGGCAAGUGAGGGUUUCCCCAACCUCUACCCCCCAAAUAAGAAGUGCAUCUGGACAGUCACGGUGCCUGAGGGCCAGACUGUGUCGCUGUCCUUCCGAGUCUUCGAUAUGGAGCUCCACCCUUCCUGCCGCUAUGACGCUCUGGAGGUCUUUGCUGGGUCCGGGACCUCAGGCCAGCGACUUGGCCGCUUCUGUGGUACCUUCAGGCCUGCGCCUGUAGUCGCCCCUGGCAACCAGGUGACUUUACGGAUGACAACUGACGAGGGCACUGGGGGACGAGGCUUCCUGCUCUGGUACAGCGGCCGGGCCACCUCAGGCACUGGGCCUCCCCCAGGUGCGAGGCGGAAAUGGGUCCUGGACCCACGGGUGGAAUGGGCGGCCUGGGGUUACUGGGACGAGCACCAGUUUUGCGGGGGGCGGAUGGAGAAGGCCCAGGGAACCCUGACCACGCCCAAUUGGCCUGAGUCGGAUUACCCCCCAGGCAUCAGCUGUUCCUGGCACAUCAUCGCACCCUCAGACCAGGUGAUCAUGCUAACCUUUGGGAAGUUCGAUGUGGAACCUGACACGUACUGCCGCUACGACUCUGUCAGCGUGUUCAACGGAGCUGUGAGUGAUGACUCGAAGAGGCUGGGCAAGUUUUGUGGAGACAAGGCCCCUAGCCCCAUCUCUUCCGAAGGGAAUGAGCUCUUGGUCCAGUUUGUGUCUGAUCUCAGUGUCACCGCAGAUGGCUUCUCAGCCUCCUACAAGACCCUGCCACGGGGUGCUGUGGAAAAGGAGCUUGCUCCAAGCCCAGGGGAGGAUGUGCAGCUUGGUCCCCAGUCCCGCUCUGACCCAAAGACAGGAGCUGGGCCCAAAGUCAAACCACCCAGCAAACCUAAAUCCCAACCUGCAGAGAAACCUGAGGUCUCCCCUGACACCCGGGAAACUCCAGCGGCCCCGGGUGCAGCCAGUGUCACCUGCCCCAAGCAGUACAAGCGACUAGGCACCUUGCAGAGCAACUUUUGUGCCAGUAGUCUGGUGGUGACUGGAACAGUGAAGACCAUGGUCCGAGGCCCAGGGGAGGGACUCACUGUCACCAUCAGUCUCCUUGGUGUUUACAAAAGCGGAGGACUGGACCUGCCUUCUCCACCCAGUGACACCCCUCUGAAGCUCUAUGUGCCCUGCAGGCAGAUGCCCCCCAUGAAGAAAGGAGCCAGUUACCUGUUGAUGGGUCAGGUGGAAGAAAGCAGAGACCCCAUCCUUCCUCCAGAGAGCUUCGUGGUUCCCUACAAGCCCAACCAGGACCAGAUCCUCAGUAACCUAAGCAAGCGGAAGUGUCCCUCCCAGCCUAGGACAGCGGCCUGAGGUCCUAGCCAGAUGCAGCCUCCGUGUAUGGUGCUCUCAUCCAAAUAAAUGCUCCUGACUCAGGAAGGGGUCACAGAUCA